AUGUUGAACGGUUACAUUCUUAUCUUUACAGCUCUGGGUAUUGGAAGUAUUAAUGCGUUAUUGAGUUACACUAAUGGGACAGUGAAUGAUACAACGACAAGAGAAGGACAGCCUGAGGAUAUUGACGACAUCAGACCUCAAAUUGGAAUACAGUUAGGUGCGUCAUCAGGAAAAGUACAGACAGAGUCGCGUUUCCAAAAUAGCCGAACCCAACCUAGAAAAAAAGUAAAUGCAUUUAGAACCAAAACUAACAGAAAGUACACAUACAAUAAUCAACCAAAUUAUUUCUAUAACAAUUAUAGAGGUAAUUAUCGGACAAACAAUGAGAGGGUUUUAUAUGAACCUGAUUAUGCAACUAACAAUAGAUUACACGAUGGACUGUAUCCGUAUCAAAAUGGUAAAGUUAACAAAAUUGGGGCAACUAGGAAUACCAAUACAUUAUCUAACAGACAUUCAAAGGAUGUAAUAAUGUCAUCGACAGUCAAACAGAGUGUUGGUACAGAAGGGAGUACUGUUGCACCAUCUAGUGAAUCAAAUCUUCUAAUGUAUAUGGUAGUAGCUGCUGGAAGCUUUGUGGGAUUGGCGCUUUUCUUUGCUUUUUUAAUGAAACUAAGAUCCCGAUCUAAAAAGCAUGCAGAGAAAAGGAAAACCUACGGAAAACAAAUUGAUAUUCAAUAUAGCAAAGAAAUAUCAUUCACUACGGGCGGUGGAUUCAAAUGUCAAAAUUCGUUAAAAGCAAACUCACUGAAGUUGGAAGUGUCUAGGGCAGAACACAAACGGUCUUUACCGCCCCUUCCACCUAUACCACUUCUUCCUGGACAAAUCAAGAUGCAAGAAAAAUCAGAUUAUGGUUUCCCAACAGAAGAAACAUUCAAGUAA